AUGCCGCCUUGGCCAGCUCCAUACCGUUUCCAUAGUUGGCCGCUGUCCAAGAUGGUCUCUGUUGUUGCCAGUGGCGGCGCACCGCAGACAUGUGGGCUGACGCGAGGUCUCGGGUCCAUCUAUCUGUACCGGCACUCACUCCUUACUCUUCCUUCUUUUGACUCGACACAUUUAGUAUUUUUAUCCCUUCCAUGCAUCUCCCGUUUUCAUAUCAACAUAUUAUUUUCCUUCUUUUCGCUUCGAAUUUUUCUCCUUCUUUUUUUUAGCCUCUUCAUACCACUUUAUCUGCUUAACAUUCUCUCUCUCUCUCUCUCUCUCUCUCUCUCUGUCUCUCUCUCCCUCUCCUACUCUGUUUCUCUGUCCUUCUCUCUUUCUCUUCCUUUUAUCUUCACACUUUGUUUAUCUUUUUUUUUAAUCUAUUUAGAGCUCUUUGUUACUUCUUUUUCAUACAACCAUUCAUUUACUCUCUUUUUUUCUUUCUUUUUUUUCAAUUUUUCUUUCUUCAUUACUUCCCUUUGUUUUACUUAUUGCAUUACGUUGCAACUUCUUUCUGUUUGUCUAUCUUUCUUUUACAUGUAUUAUUCUUUUAAGUCGCUAAACCUUUCUUUUUAUUUACAGAUUACUUCAUUCUUACUUUAUUUCUCCCUUCCAUUCGUAGAUUUUAAAUGCCUUCGUAUUUUUCUUCUUUCCUAG